AUGUCGACGAUGUACGGCAGCCAGGCGAUGGGCGGCGUCAUCAACCUCGUCACCAAGGCCGGCCAGGGCAAGAUGAACGGCGCGGCCUUCACCGAACUGGGCACGCGGCUGCAGAGCAACAGCGGCGCCUACGUGCGUGGCAGCGAGGGCAAGUUCAACUACAACCUGACCUUCGCCGGCACGUUCAGCCCCAACGACACGCCGGUACCGGCCCGUUUCACGCCCAACGGCGGCUUCGUCGACAUCGAUCCCUAUCGCAACAUCACGCUGGCGGCGCGUUUCGGCUACGAGAUCAAUGAUACGACGCAGUUCAACUUCUUCGGCCGCUACAUCGACACCAAGCUGAAUUACGAUCAGGUCGGCCAGGAAGACCCGAUGGCCAACGGCUACACCUCGCAGUUCUUCACGCGCGGCGAGAUCGAGGGCAACUACUUCGACGGCCGCUGGAAGCCGGUCGUCGGCAUCAACUACAGCACGAUCACGCGUCACGACCUCGAUUACGCCAGCCCCCAGAACCUGCUUCCCAACAACCUCGACAGCUGGUUCAACGGCCGCCGCCUUCAGGCCGAUUUCAAGAACCUGAUCAAGGUCAGCGAGCAGGUCGAGGUCGUGGGCGGCGUCGACUACGAUCGGCAAUGGGCCUACAGCAACACGAUCGGCACAUUCACGCCCUACACCCAGGCGUGGGGCACGAUGGCCCAGACCGGCAUCUACGGCCAGCUGCGGCUCAACCCGUUCGAAGGAUUCAACCUCAAUGUCGGCGGCCGCAUCGACAUGAACGACACGUUCGGCAACGUCGCCACAUGGCGCGCCGGGGCUUCGUACCUGUGGGCGCCGACCGACACCAAGAUCAAGGCAUCGUACGGCACCGCCUUCAAGGCGCCGUCGCUGUUCGAGCUCUACGGGCCGGGACCUUUCUGCGGCGGCAACAUCAACCUCCGGCCGGAGUACAGCCGCGGCUAUGAGGUCGGCGUCGAACAGGGCCUGUUCGACCGCAAGGUGAAGGCCGGCAUCACCUACUUCUUCAACACUUUUCAGAAUCUUAUCCAGUGCGCGCCGCCGAAUUUCACUCUGAUGCAGAACAUCGCCAACGCACAGACCGAGGGCUUCGAAACCUUCAUCCAGAUCACCCCGGUGAAGUGGUUCGACCUUUACUUCGACUAUACCCAGACCAUCGCACGCAAUGUCGACGGCAACGUGCCGCUGCGUGAGGGGGCCGCCGCCGCCAUCACCCAUCCCGACGUCGUGCGGGCGAUCACCUCGGGUCCCAACCGCCGCAUCGCCAUCUGCUUCGUCGAAUGGGCGUCGGCCAACAUGCAGAACGUCGUCAUCGACUGGAUGGUGAUCGGCGAUGGCGCGUCGGCGCGUCUCUUUGGCGACAGGCUGAUCGAAACGCCGCGCUCGUUCGCCGGCAGCACCUCGAUCAGCGCUGCCAUCGAUUUCGCGGUGGGGCAGUUGGAGCGUGCGCCGUUCGUCGCCGACCGCCGGGUGAUCGACGUCUCCGGCGACGGCAACAACAUCGCCGGUCGCCUGGUCACCGAUGCCCGCGACGACGCGGUUGCCAGGAACAUCACGGUCAACGCGCUGGUGAUCCUGACGCCGAUCGAGGAGGCGUUCCGCCCCGAGCACACCAACCCGCCGGGCGGCCUGGAGAAAUACUUUCAGGACAAUGUCAUCGGCGGCCAGGGCGCCUUCACCAUCGUCGCCGAAAACCACGGCGCCUUCGGCCGGGCGAUGACCAAGAAGCUGAUCCAGGAGAUUGCGGGCCUGCCGCGUAACGAACUCGCGUCGACCGAUUAG